AUGGUGCAUAAUGAAAGUACAUCCAAUUUCAAAGACCUCGGUAAGCUUGAGUUUGGUGAAUCAACACAUGGUCUUAAGUCUGAUGAGCCGAUAUAUGAUCUUGAAUUUAAUAGACCAACGUAUGAUUCAGUAGUUGUUGUUCAAGAAAAUAAAGAUGUCAGAUUAGACUGUUCCAAAGAGAAGUUAUACAAAGGAAUGGUAUUUAAAAGUUGGGAAGAAGCAUCUGACACGUUAAAACUAUAUUCUCAAUAUGAAGGGUUUAAGCUAAGAAAAGAACGUGUUGAAAAGACUUCUGAUGGAACUAUACGAAAAAGAACAAUAUUGUGUGAACACAGCG